UGUAGAGUUUCACUAGGCUCAGAAAUAUACGUGUUGUCCCAUUUUAAAAUAAACGAAUUAAAAGAUAUGAAGAUAUUACGUAGAUUAAUUUACGUGGUAAUCGUGCUGCAAAAUUUGUUAUAUAAAAAUAAUGAAUGUGCAGUUGACCAAAAUGCAUUUUUAUCUACAGACUAUUAUAGUGAAUUCCUGACCUCUGAGUUUACAGAUGAGACAACUGUAACACCAACUGCAACACCAACUGAGGAGGACUAUUAUGAUAGUUGGAAAUUGACGACGAAAGUAAAUAUAAAAGUUUUUUACGAACCUCUGUGUACAAACAACAAGAUAAAUGUGAUGGACAAAUUACAAUUGAUUGUAGAAAAUUUAAAUGCAUACGUGGAUAUUGAACUAUAUCCAUAUGGCUUUUCAGAGAUAAAAGAUACUGAGGAUGGAAUAGAAUGUUACAACGAAUUAGAUCCCGUUUGUUACGGAUGUAAGCUGCAUGCAUGCGCUUUAGAUAUUAUUCAAAAUCAUACAGCUGCAGUAUUAUAUAACAUUUGCUUGGCGGAACGCGUAGAGGAGAAAGAUAUUGAUGAGUGUGGAGCGUCAUUGAGCAUCGAUUCAAAGCAAAUAAAAACAUGUGCAGACAAUAAUCAAGGAAAUAAACUCCUUAAAUACUAUAGGGAAAAAAGUUUAGAGAUUAAUUAUUCUUAUGUGCCUUACAUUAUGAUAAAUGGAUUGGAAAUACAGAUUAUGGACAUCAAUAUUAUUUGUCGGAGCUUUAUUAACCCUCCCCCUCCAUGUUUUUUGGGACUGAAUAGUAAUCAAAAUAAUUGAAUAUUACGUAAUCGUUAUACAUAUUAUGUACAUCCAUAUAAUGUACCUAAUAAAAUUAUUAAAUGAUGUGUUAUUUAUUUAUCGUCAUCAUAAUUACUACUACCUAUAUACCUAUACGGCUAUACCU